AUGAACGAAAGAACAGAGAUUGAAAAUUCUUGCAAAGAACUUUCUGAUUGUACCGUAAGUAAGAAUAACUGUGGAUUCAAGUUUUCAUUUGAUCCUUUGGCAACAACAAGACCAACAUUAGUUUCAUACCCAGUAAUGAACACCACUACAAGUUUACACUUUAACUCACAAGAUGAACUUGGAAAACUUUUUACACUCCAAGAUGCUACUACUUUAUCUACUAUAAAUGGUGAUCAAACAUCAUUAACUUCAACACAAUUGUCUACACAACCUUUCCUUAAUAAAAUAACUAGACCUACACCACCCUCAUUGAAUACUAUUAAUAUUAAUCAACUAAUGUUGGCAAAUAGUGGCAGAGGCGGAGGCGAUGGCGGUAGUAGUAAUAGUAAUGUUAAUACCAAUUGCGGUAAUAAUUUUUGCAAUUCUUCAAAUCAACAGCAGGUUGACAAUCUAGAUGAACCAGUGUUGGUAUCAGGACAUUCCCGAAGAGAUAGCAAUGGUUCAUCAAUGUCUAUUCAAUUACACGAUAUUGUUGGAUCAGGCCACCAUCGUAGAGAUAGUAACGUGUCUAAUGCCUCAAUGCAGCUUGAUAUACCAACCCCAUCCAGUGAAAUUGAAUCUGGUAAUGAAGAUGAAUCGAAAUUUUCUUUUUUCCCAUUUACUUUACCACAAAAAUCAUUAUCAUUAUCAUC